UAUGGGCAAAGACUCUAUUUCCUACGAAAUAAUGGAACAAGAUUUCAUUAUAAUGGAAAAAUUGGAUAUGGCAAUAAUUUUGGGAUGUGACUCCUUAAGAAAAGGUGGAUUAAAUCAGAAUGAUACGGAUAAUCCUAGUUUAGAAUGUCAAAUUGUACAAGAUGCUGAUAGAUUGGAUGCCAUUGGAGCAAUUGGAAUUGCUAGAACGUUUGCAUAUGGUGGACAUCAUAAUCGUCUUAUCUAUCAUCCGGAUAUUCAACCUGUUCAAUACACAACAGUUGAAUCUUAUAAGAGAAACAACGCUCCUAGCAUUAAUCAUUUCUAUGAGAAAUUAUUACUAUUAAAGGAUAGAAUGAAUACGAAACCUGGUAAGGAUAUUGCUCAAGAUAGACAUCAAUAUAUGCUUCAAUUUUUACAACAAUUCCACGAUGAAUGGAAUGGGAAAAAGUAA